CAGAGAUUUAGUAUUUGUAAAAAGUGUUCUGAUGGAAAUCAUUAAAACGACUUCCAACAGCGACACCUGCUGUCAUAGAAUUGCAUGUCUUCAUUAAUAAUUUUGUAGGUCACACGGAACGGACGAGCUACCGGUUUAGUUCCUAGCCGAACCUAAAUAUACGUUACACAUGACACAGGCAUGGCGUCCUUCAGUCACUGACGUUUACAAUUGGCGUUUAUCCAUUCGUCCUUCUGUUUCUAUUUCAGCCAGUGUUUUCUACUGUCAAUCUAAAAACAUUCUCUAAAAUGGCCGCUAGAUCCGUGUGUCGACAACUUCAUCGCCGCCUAUGCUCUGCUGCAGUAGCUGUGCGUCCUCCGACCGCCGAGGUCCGCAGCCAUCGCAAUGCCGUCUUCUCCAGGGAGCAGGCCCGGCAGAGGGCUCUGUACCCCCGCGUCGAGAAGAUAGAGGUGGCCAUGCAGGGACCUGGCCUGGAGGGGACGUUGCUUAUUAUGAACAAAGGGAUGUCCACGCCGCUGAGCUGCGCCCAACACCUGACAGAGUACCAUGUGACCAACUCAGCUCUGGCCUUAGUGGAUGGGGAACUGUGGCCACUCCUCCAGCCUCUCACCCACUCCUGCUCCCUCACUCUCCUCACAUUUAAAGACAGUGACCCAACAUUGGUGAACAAGGCCUACUGGCAUUCAUGUGCUGCUCUACUGGGCCAAGUGCUGGAGACUGCCUUCAAGGAUGACUUUACUGUGGAGCUGCUCAGCACACCUGAGGUGCCAGUCACUUCAGGAGCCUUCUGCUGCGAUGUGGUGCUAGACCCUCAGCUGGACUCGUGGACUCCUUCUGAGGAGUCAUUGCGGUCUCUGACACGAGGAGCCCAGCAGCUGAUCUAUCAGGACCUGGUUUGGGAGCCUCUAGAGGUGACUCCCUCUGUAGCUCAAGAGGUAUUUUCGCACAGCAGGUAUAAACUGGAAGAAGUAGAACAAAAAGCUGCGCAAAAUCCCAAAGGCAGAGUGAUGAUUUACAGAUGUGGUGACCAUGUGCUUUUGAGUGGGGGCCCUCUGGUGGCCAGGACGGGUCUGUGCUUCCAGUAUGAGGUGACAGCUCUCCACACUCUGGGACAGGGAUCCUGGGGCCUCCAGCGCAGAGCCCAGGGUCUCUCCCUGCCUCUACAGCUGCAGGCUCACCACACAGUCUGGAGCAAACUGAGGCAGCGGGCAGCGAAACUGUUUGGUAAAAACAGAGAAGAUGGUGUGGGCUGUUCUCAACCUCCUCGUGAAGAACAAGCUGCUGUUUUCAAAAGUUGCCAUCAAAGGCACAGACACUUACUGGAGAGCAAAGGGAGGAGUAUUUUUAAAUCGCUCAAGGUUUGUUCAAGACGCUGCGUAUCGUGACACUCGUAUUGAUGCAAGUCGAGUGUGCCGCGUGUCUGAUCAUAACCAAGCUUGACUCAAACACUAGCAGAGACACAUCGAUUCAAACUAGGCUACGGGUUAAUUUUGGACUUAACCAUCUAGGCGAAAUGUGUUUUGCUGCAGCCUCUCUGGCAUCGUCUCUGCAUCACUGAUUGCGUAAGGAAAAAGAAAAAAGAUGUAGUCAUUAUUAGACACCCUUGAUUUGGCAGCUGAUGACAAACUGUGCUCCGUGGCCUACAUUUUAUUUUCAGAGAUUCAGUUAUUCAGGGAAUUGAUAUAACACUCUAUUAAAGACAAAAGUGUGGUCAUCAGAGUUGGACCAACAUCAAAAGUGGAAGAUAUUUAGAUCACAACUUGUUGGUGGUUUUACAAACAAAGGAUUCAAAUGCAGAGCUGCUGGAGAAGUGAGAAGUGAGUGUUUUGUCAGGUUUACGGUCUGAAUAGAUGUUGUUUCCUCUUAUCACCAGACACAGCGUUUGCUUUGUUUACAUGUAAUGUAUACGACAAACCUCUACCUCUGCCGAGUCUCACACUGACAUGCAGAUAUCAGAUAUGUGCUUCUCCUUCUCUUCACCUCCUCCUGUGCCUACAUACCAACUGAGUGUUUCACCUAUGAAGACAUGAUUACACCGGGUAAAAACAGUUCACGCUAGUUUUUCCCUAGAGACGUAUAGAAAUAGCAAAGACAUUUAAUUUGGGUUUAGAAUGUGAAGCUAAACUAUUAAUGCCUGGAAACGGUAAACAAAAUGCAGCAUGGCACAUUUGACCACAUGACUUUUGAUCAUAAAUAUGCAAAUUAAACCAAUUUGGAAUCCAAUCUGUGUCAAGCAGGUGAUUCUGUGAUCUGUCUCUCUCUCUCUCUCUCUGUAUAAACAGAUAAUAAUCAGAUAAUCGACAAGUUUUCAGCUACUUUAUCUAAACGUAUCUGUAAUGGUGGACUGAAAGCUAAUGUAUCAGUUAUAUGACCUGCAAAGACGUGCAAGAUACGCUAUGCAAUUGAGUCAGUGUAGAACAAUGCGGUCGGUCUGUACAGGGUUACAGUUUUGACAGCGGCCUUCAUUUUUCCAUUGCAGUCCAGACUUAUUUGGCAAAAAAUAUCAGAUGUUCCAAGAUAUCAGUGGUGUUGAAGAACUGUUACUUUUUCCAAAACUGUCUUGUUUAACAAAGAACCUCUUGAAUUGUGUAUUUCCAUAGAGUCGCUCUAGUCAUUAUGAGGCAGUGGCUUAAUUUAGGAUUUGAAUAUUAUGUAUUAUUAUGUUGUCUGUCCUCCAUAAAGAACUCCCCAGCACCAGGUUUAUGAAAGCAGCGAGGCGUGGGUGGGUGGGUGUGUUUGCAGCGGGGAAGCACGUCCCCAGUUUGCCUCCAGCUGGCGCUGAAAACAUAUCCACCCACGUCCCGAAUCCUCCCUGUGGGCCGCAUCGCUCCUCCACUCCCUCUAACAUCACUGGAGACUUGUUGUUUGUGAGAAUUGUGCUACUGGUAAUAAAGAAAACACCAAAAACAAGAGAUUAAGGGUAUAAUGUUUUGUAUC